UUUGAGAACCUAUGUGAUGGUAUGUUGGUUGAAAAGAAGAAGGUUUUGUGUUGUGGUUACUGAUGUCACACCAGGUGUUUAGAGUUAUACCGAUGCAAAUGCAGCAAUGCUCAGCAAUUUUGAGGUCUUUCAGCUACUGACUGAUCUGAAGGAACAGCGGAAAGGAACUAAAAACAAAAACAGUACUGGGCAGCAGAAUCUGAACACCAUCAUGUAUGAGACCCUCAAAUACCUGUCUAAAACACCAUGCAAGCUCCAGAGUCCAGAAAUUCUAAGGGAGUUUCUUACUGCAAUGAUGGAUCACAAAUUGACCAGGGCAGAAAAGCUUCAACUUUUGAACCACAGACCCAGAACGGCUGUAGAGAUACAACUGAUAGUGGAAGAAAGUGAAGAAAGACUAACUGAACAACAGAUUGAUGAACUUAUCCAAACCAUUACAGUGUGUCUUCCAGGAGAUCCAGAAGAAGAGCAGGCCACUGAAAUGCAACAAGAACAAGCAGAUGUGGAAGCAGAGGAUGAGGAGGAUUAGCAGUGCAGAGCUUUUCCUUGUAAAUGUACAAAAUCAAAGGAGUUGUUCCUGAUAUAAUCUCUAUGGAGUGUGUAGGAAGGACUAAUUUGCAGCCUUUUUAUCCAGUACAGCUGUCUACCAUGGAGAAGACAUGGACUUUUUAUACUGGACACAGAUAAUUACUGAAUGUAGUUGAUAUUCAUUUUUUAUAUAUGCUCUGGAGUUUAAUAUUUUAAUAGUAGGUUGCUUAAGUUUAACCAAAUCUGUAUAGGUAAUUUUUUGAAAGUGUAGAUACUUAAGUAUCAUGAAAAUAAAUGCAUUUAAGUUCA